UUCUCCCUGUUCAUAAGUGCUAAACCACAUUAUGACCUUCUCAAAACAACAUCUAUCCCAUCUCAUCUUCAUCUUGCUUGUCCUAAACGCCUCAGAAGCAAAACGCUGCUGCGCAAACGUCAAUGAGAUCAUCGACAAUGAAAAGCAGAGCCUCAACGACCACAACAAGUGCUUGGCCACACGGCUCCUCGAUGCCUCUGAAUCUCAUUUGUCUCCUCUCCACCUUCUCAACCACACCAUCUUGAACUCUCCUGAAGAGGAUGUCAAAGGGGAUUCGCCGAAUUGCAGAGAUUGUGAGAGUAAUCUUUCGUUAUGUGGUUUCAAAAAUAAGUUCAGUUCCUUUAAAUCUGGACUUUACAACUUCAUCUUACUAGUACUAAAGUUAAUCUGCCUCUCCCUAAUCGCACUCCUCGCCGCAAUAACCACUUGUGUGGCAUAUGUCACGUUCAGUUCCGAGAGGCUCCCUAUCCAAAUACGACGAUCUUUGGCACGGGCUCGCAAGCGGCGUAAUGAUCGAGCUAAGUCUGUGAUCGUUAGAUUGUACAAGAAAGUGGUGUUAGAGACAAAUAUUAAGCUCCCGGGGAGAAAUGAUGUUAUAUGUCCAAUUUGCUUAUCAGAAUAUGCAAGCAAUGAGACCAUUGGGUGCUUACUCGGAUGUGACCACUGCUUUCACAUCGAAUGUAUUGAUACGUGGCUCCAGUUGCAUAGUUCUUGCCCGAUUUGUCGAGACGAAGGCUCACCAAAACGUUAUGUAACGUAACGUUUGUUACU